CUAAACCCUGCAACUCCGCAAGAAGCCAAGAACACAAAUUAAUUCCAAGAACACAAAUUAUGGAGGGAGGGAAAUUAGAUGAUUGGGGUUCAAGCCUCGCUGGACUAAUGUUCAUUUGGGCAACGUUCCAACAAUUUUUCCCACAAUUCCUCAAAGACUAUGUUCAAAAUCUGUGGUACAAGCUGCUUCAUUACUUCAAACCCACCAUGCAAAUCACCUUUAACGAGUUCUCCCCCGGUCUCUACAGGCGCAGUGAGGCCUACACCGUCAUCGAAUCCUACCUCAGCUCGAAGUCCGCCGCUAAAGCCUCCCGCCUCAGAGCUGAAAUUGCCAAAGAAAGCAAGCCCCUUGUGCUUGCCUUGGACGACCAUGAGUACAUCACCGAUAAUUUUCACGGUGUCGAGGUGAAGUGGUACAGAGGGAAACAAAUUCCAGAACGCAAGACGAUAUCUUGGUCUCCUCAUGAUGCAGAUAAAAGGUAUUACAUUCUUAUCUUUCACGCGAAAUAUCGUCAGAUCAUAGCCGAGAAGUACGUUAAUUAUGUAUUGGAAGAAGGGAGGGCGAUUCAGGUUCGCCGGAGGCAGAGGCGGCUGUACAUGAAUGGUGAAGGGGAUGAGUGGAAUUUCGCCGUUUUUGAUCAUCCAGCAUCGUUUGAUACCUUCGCUAUGGAUCCACAGAGGAAGGAGCAGAUAGUUGAUGAUUUAAUUACGUUCAGCCAGGGGAAGGAAUAUUACAAGAAAAUUGGCAAGGUUUGGAAGCGCGGGUAUUUGCUGUAUGGACCGCCGGGGACCGGAAAGUCCACCAUGAUCGUCGCCAUGUCGAAUCUCCUUGGGUAUGAUAUUUAUGAUCUUGAAUUGACCACGGUGAAGGAUAACGCAGAAUUGAAAAGGCUUCUCAUCAAUACAAAAAGUAAGUCCAUCAUGGUGAUUGAAGAUAUAGACUGUUCCCUUGGUUUCACCGGAAAAAGGAAGAAGGACAAAAAUAGGAAGAAAGGCGACAAUCCGAUGGGCGAGAAAGCUAAGGAGAAGGAAGGCGAGGGAGAUGAAAGCAAGGUGACUUUAUCUGGGCUUUUGAAUUUCAUUGAUGGGAUUUGGUCGGCGUGCGCCGGGGAACGGAUUGUGGUGUUCACGACGAACCAUGUGGAUCAGCUGGAUCCGGCUUUGAUCCGAAGAGGGAGGAUGGACAUGCACAUCAAGUUGUCGAACUGCACCUUUGGAGCGUUUAAGGUUUUGGCGAAGAAUUAUUUGGACAUUGAUUCGCACCCUUUGUUUGAGAAGAUUGGGGAGUUGUUGGAAGUGACGGAGAUGACGCCGGCGGAUGUUGCAGAGAAUCUGACACCGAAGAAGUUGGGUGCGGCGGUGGAAACUUGUCUGGAAGCCGUAAUUCAUGCGCUGGAAAUUGCUAAGGAAGCAAGGAGAGUCAAGGCCCAGAAAGAAGAAGAAGAACAAGAAAACGAGACUGAAACUGAAAGUGUUCCUCAAUAAUUAUCUCUUCUUCUUUUUUUCCUAUAUAUAAUAGUAAUAAUUAUCAUUUCUUAAAAAUUUUAAUUAUAUGCUAAUUAGAUAAAACUAGAAAGUCUAUUUUAUUAUUUUAAAUUUUCUUAUGAUAUUCUGUUGAAAGGAAUAUAAAA